AUGAUGACGGGCUUCAAAGGAAAGGUGGCUCUUAUAACAGGUGCAUCGGCGGGAAUUGGCGCAAGCACUGCCCUCCAUUUUGCCUCCCUUGGCUGCUCCCUUUCCCUCACUGCGAGGAACAAAGCAGCACUUGAUAGCGUUGCCAACGCGUGCUCUACCAAUGGCCUCUCAAGCGAUAAGGUACUUGUUUUACCAGGAGACGUAACGGUCGACGAGGAUGUCGCCACUGUAGUGGAGAAGACAGUGAAACACUUCGGAAAAAUUGAUAUUCUAGUGAACAACGCGGGAAUAUUGAUGGAAGGAUACACAGACACUGCCACGAUGGAACAGUUUGACAGCGUUUGGAAUGUCAACCUUCGCGGUGCGCUCUGUGUGAUGCGACACGCUCUGCCAUACUUGCGUCAAACGAAAGGCACCAUUGUCAACGUUUCCAGCGUCGUAUCGUCGACUGUGUUCCUGGAGAAAACGGCAGGCCGUGCACAUCUUCUAGGCCGAGUCGGAACACCAAAGGAGGUUGCCUGCUGCAUCGCCUUCCUGGCUUCUGAAGACGCCUCGUUCGUAACUGGAAUCACGAUGCUCGUGGAUGGAGGUUUGAAACUAAAGUCCAGCCUCGCUAGUCGAACUGCUUGGCAACACGAGUAGAAGACUGGGUUGCAGGAACGCAAGAGCUGCU